AAAACUUCGACCUUUGAUCUCCUUCAGAAAACAAAAAAACAAAACCAAAAAAAGAGGGCCACGCUCUAUAGUCACAUUUCUUGCCAGCCACCAUGGGUAACGGAGCCAAAGCCGCCUCUAAGCGUGAUCGCAAUGCCAAAGAUGCCAAAAGUACUGCAAAAUCUCAGCUGAAAGUGAACGAAGCUGCCAAGGACAUCAUAUGCAUUACUUGCAGGCAGACCUUCCUCAAGACCACGCGUGCUCCGGCUCUGACUGAGCAUGCCUCAAAUAAGCACAACAAGACGCUUCAGGAUUGUUUUCCUGGCUUUGUAGAAGCCCCUAAGAAAUGAGCACGGGACGUUGCACUUUGGUCGAUGACUCUAAAACUUAUGGGGAAUAUGUGCAUCCUACGAGUCGGGAGAAUUUGCUUUUUCUUUGUGUUUGUAAGCGGAAGUGAUAGCGAUGAUGUAGCAUGAAUAGACC